UCAAAGUUUGUGUCAAUGGCGGUAGCAGACGAAGCUUAGGAAUGGCGAAUACUCUGUUAAAGAUAUUUUACAGUGAUUUAAUUGCUGUACGAGGUCAGCAGAUUCGAUAUGGACAUAAAGUUCGUGGAAAACCGCCGGGUAUCGCCAGAACCUUGGCACAAAGAUUAGAAGAGUUGAACACAUACGAUCCAAAGGUAGAUUAUAAGGUAGAUAUAGGAUUACCAGUUCAGCGGAGUUCGAAGAGGUUGUUACCACCGGGAUUCAUGGAACAGAUUAAACAGACACGCUCCGAUACCAAUCUUGAGAGAUUAGCUAGAAACAGACAACUUAUCGUUGAUUUGGAAGACGUGAAGAACAAUUGGGAGAAAAUUUCUUGGUCUACAGACAUUCAUAAGGUUGCCGAUUAUUAUGGUAUAUUCAGGGAUCUUUACGGCGAUGCCUAUUUUUAUCCUGUGGUUCCCAUAGACAUUAGUUACAGCAUCAAUGAAGAUGAGAUUGCAAAAGCAUUCAGAGGCAACAUACUCAAACCAAUCGAAACAAGUAAACCACCAGAAGUUACUUAUGAAUCUAAUCCAGAUUCGCUGUGGACUCUUCUCUUAACUUGCCCUGAUGGUAACUUAGUAGAAGAAGACAGCGAGUAUUGUCAUUGGUUCAUUGGUAAUAUUCCAGGAAAUUCCAUUGAAAAAGGAGAAGUGAUAAUAGAUUACCUGAAACCCUUUCCUCUCUAUGGCACAGGCUACCACAGAUACGUUUUUGUUCUGUAUAAACAGGAGAAGAAACUUGAUUUCUCAUCCUUUAGAAAAGAGCAGCCAUGUAUCGACUUAAGAGAGCGUAACUGGAGUACGUAUCAUUUCUAUAGAGAUCAUCAGGAUCAGUUGACUCCUGCUGGACUAGCGUUCUUCCAAUCUGACUGGGAUACUAGCGUUACAGAGUUUUUCCAUAAAACUCUCGAAAUGAAAGAGCCCAGAUUUGAAUAUGACUUCCCACCACCGUACAUUAAAAAACAAGUGUGGUUUCCUCUUAGACAGCCGUUCAACCUCUACAUGGACAAGUACAGAGAUCCAAAGCAGAUAAACAAGGAAUACUUUUUGAAAAAAUUGAAAACUGUUCAUCCCUUCAAAACUCCAGAACCUUCUCUACGGUUCCCCAAUGCACAAUACAUCGAUCAAAACGUUCCUUCGUGGUUGAAAACUGAAAUCAUUAAGAAUCGUUUGAAAUGGGGACGUAUUAAUGAAAUUUAAUUUAGUUUAAUUUUAGACGUAAUUAUAUUACCACGUAUUUUUUAUCAGAAAUCGUAUUCACGGGUAGUGAAUUUUUCUUCUCGAAAAAUAAAAGAAGAUGUUCUGGUGUGAAGUGCAAAUCAUUCUAAAAAUAAAUAUAUAGCUUUAUAGAAACUUGA